UUAAACUUUAGCUACAACAAACAUUGCAUUCAUAAUGUCGAAAACAACAAAACGUGUUUACGACGCCCGCUCCUCAUAUCCUGAUCGCACCAAAUCUGAAGAAAAUUCAUUUUCAGACUUGAAUGUGGUCAUAAAAACCCUAGACACGGCCUUGUUGUUGUUAAGUUCCAAGGAAGAGGCGGUUUUGCUAACUGUCUUUAACCACAUUACUGAUUUUGCACGACGACAAGACUCGAAUAUGCUUGAGUUGAAGGAACAUCAAAUGUUGGAGUUACUAUUGGAAAAAGAGUUUUUUAUUACAUCAGAUACUGUUCUAAUUAGACGUUUUGCACUGUAUCUUAUAACAGUGCUUAUGGAUCAGACCGAUUUAAGUGAACUUGAAACGGAGAAGACACAAAAGAUUCUUGAUAUAAGCUAUAAAUUUUAUCUGCAGGAGAACGACGAUUUCUGCAUUGAAUAUUUAACCUAUAUUGUAAAUAUGUGCUUACGUGAUCCGAAGGUGGCGCAAAGCAUUCUAGAGAAUAUAGAGUUUCUGGACAAAAUGAAGAACAUAUUUGUGAGCUCUCAGAACCCGGACACCGUUUAUAACUCCAUCGAUGCAUUGCAUAAAAUGUUGCAAGUCCAAAGCGCCGAAGACAUGCUUCAGUUUACCACGCAGCCCGACUUUCCUAUAGAUCGCAUAAUCUGCGAGGUGUCAAACGAAUUUGAGGAAAUUCGUCAGGCAGCACGCAAGGUUCUCAAGCUCCUGUUAGCCGACACUGGGGACACAAGUGUGUGGGAGCCACAGCAUCGUUGCCUUUUCGUUUUGCAGCAAUUGGUAAAGUAUUUCUGUCAAGAUCCCCAAGCUUUUGAUGCGCUCGAUGUGAUCGACGUGCUGGCCACGGCAUUGCGCUCGGAGAAAAUGACAAAGCUGUUUUUUGAGCACAAUCUUUUCGAUUUGAUUGUGGAACAGUUGAAAGAGGACAUGGAUCUUCUGGCUUUUGAGCUGCGUUGCACUAUAAUUUCAAUAUUUGCCGAGACCGCCAAUUAUCCACAGUUUUUAGCACGCAUACAUGCAGCUGGCAUAACGGAUAUGUUCAUCCACUGUCUAUUGGACAACCAACCCGCUCCGGCCACAUAUGUUUUAAUCGGGCUUAACCGUUUAAUUGAUCACCCAGAGGCGUUACGUCGUUUUGUGGCCGAAUACCCAGAAGGUAUAAUCCAGAAGCUUGUAAAUAUUAUUCUAUCCCCGGAGGUGAUGAUAAAGACACGUGAGCAGGCAGCUGAACUAAUUGGCCAUUUAUUGGUAGUAGCUUUCCGGGACACGGCUGAGGAGCUUUUGGCAUUAAAUAUAUCGGAUGUGCUUACAAAAAUAAUCCAACAGGGCUUGCCAGCAUUGUCCAUAGAUUUGAUACUAUCUCUACUAGUGGUUAUCGAGAGUCUCGCACAAAAUGAAGAAUACCGUGCCAAGAUUUGUGAGAAUCGAGCCCUCACUGAGCAAAUUGCACAGCUUCUGAUGCGUUCGUACGCCCAUUCCAUAUUGGUGAACAAUAUAUUCCGGUGCCUCUGCACAAUCAUCGAUGAGGAGCCUGUGCGCGAGGUGCUGCUUGAAAACUAUAUAGUAUCAUCGAUUAAACGGGCACUGAAGUCUCUGUCCAAUCUUAUAAAGACAGCUGUAACUAACUUUAUACUACAGACCACACGAUUUGUUGAAUUUGUCGAUGCGUACAUCGAUCGCGGAGUAUUAGAAGUCUUAAUGUUGUUCCAAAAGCACGCAUUUUGUGUAUCCACCUGGGGACCAGCCAUUGAGAGCAUAUUAUCCAAGUGUCCUACUAUGAAGUUUGGCAUACGUAACUAUCUCGGCUUCACUGAUAUAACCGCCGGCAAGGAUUUCUACAUCUCGAAACGCAAGUUUGAAGACUUUCGUUGCUUGCAGGACAUACUGCGCAUGGACUGCUCACCCCUCGAUGCGGUGUUCGUCGUAAAUUUUGACCGACCCAUCGCAGAUGAAAAUGAUGUUAUAGAUGUACCACCACAUUGUAUGGACUUCGCGGAAGGGCACCCAAGUAAUGCAAAGUGGUGCUAUUGCAAACGACCUGGCGAUGAGUUUUUGCCGCAGUACCUAGAGGCUUUGAACCAAACAUUGGCCUUACACGGUCUGGUCGAGAAUCCAGAUAAAAUCCGUCGCAGCAUUGACUUCGAUAAUGUUGCAAAGCGCAGCAAGAUUAUAGCUGAGGCCGUGGCCAGUGUAAUGAGUGAAGACCUAAAUAUAUUGGAUCUAAACACCACAGAGGAGUGCUCCCGACAUACUGUGCGUUGUCACUUGCUAGAGCUGCGUUACAUCUACCACACGAACUUUAUUCCUCUGGGCACGGUGCGCAGUGGCUGCCAGUUCGAGCGUGCCAUUCUGUUCAAGUGCUUUGCCGACCAGAUCGGACUGCCCAGCACUCUGCAGCGCAGUGUCGAUGGACGUAUGCUGUACAAUGAGGUUCCGUUACCACUAGAGAUAGAGAAGGAUGUGCACUGCGACAAGAAGACCCUGAAGUUCAUGCCUUGGCGGAUGCUGCGUCCCACCCAUAUCGUGGAUCUCAUGUACAAUGUGGGCGAACUCUAUCCGAUGCAAAGUCGCCAGGCCUUACAAUAUUUGCGACUGUAUUGAACUCGCAAUAUGCCUUAUUUCUAUUUCUGUCUUAUGCCACUUAGCAGUCUGUAAUUCCAAAUUUAUAUGUAAUAAUAAACAAAA